AUGUCAUCUUUGAUUUUUCCCGAAACAGAGAUACAGAUAGGCCAAGAUAAACAUGUUACACUUCAAGAAUUAAUAGGUGCGACUCGAAAGUUUAGCAGCAAAAUGGAGAUCGGUAGAGGGCGUUUUGGAAGGGUUUAUAAGGCUGAAUUGGAAGGUGGUCAAACUACUGUAGCUGUUAAAAGACUUUCUACUCACUCAAAAGAAAAAAUUGAAGAAUUAUUAAAUGAAUUCUAUACCUUAAAGUCAUUGAGGCAUGAGAACCUUGUUCAAUUGUUGGAUGCUUAUUUUGGAGAAGGGUUACAUUUGCUCAUCUAUGAAUAUAUGCCAAACCUGUCCAUUGCAGACGCUGUUUUUGGCUCGAAGUCCAGAUUUAAGUUUAAUUGGGAAACUAGAUUUAACAUUUGCCUGGGAAUAGCGAGGGGUUUAGAGCAUCUUCAUGAGCACCCUAGACUCAAGAUGGUUCAUAGGGAUAUCAAAGCUGAAGAACAACUUAUGAUCAUCAAAGUGGAAGCACCAAAUGGACAUAUGGCACCUGAGUAUGUAGUUCAAGGUUUUGUAACAAGCAAAGUUGAUGUUUACAGUUUUGGGGUGGUUAUACUCGAAAUUGUUAGUGGGAGGAAAAAUGCAGGAUACAAAUUUAACCAUGAGAGUGAGCAUCUCUUGGACAUGGCUUAUGUUGCAUAUAAAAAUGGAAGCCUCGUGGACUUGGUGGAUAAAAAUUUGUCUGGCAUUUAUGAUGCAAAACAAGCCAUCACCAUCUUAACCUUGGCCGUGAUGUGCACGAAUAUAUCUCCUACUCUAAGGCCAAGAAUGGCAGACGUUGUGAGUAUUCUUGUUGGUGAGAAAACCUUUGAGCAGAUUAAUCCGCCUACUGUGGAUGAUCAUCAGCUUAAUGUAGCCAUGGCUCAUGGCGAAUGUACCAAAGCUGAUUCUUCUACUUCCACAGACGUGACCUCAAGGGCAUCAACUUCAACCAAAUUAAUCAAGGGGAUAGAUGAAACACAAAAUUCUUCUGCAGAAACCAAUCUUGAAAUAUCCGAAGAGAGUCGGACCUCGCAUUAA